CUGGGCCGCCGUUGUUGUAGUGACCGGGAGGCGCUGCCGCUCUGGGUAGACGGUUCCGGGAGCCGCACGGUCCCCUCUCCUUCCCCAUCCCCUCCCCUCCCCUCUCCGGGUUCCCCCACCCACAGGAGCCUGGGGCUGACCACUCCCCCGAUGGCCUCAGCCACGGAGGACCCCGUUCUGGAGCGUUAUUUCAAAGGCCACAAAGCUGCGAUCACUUCCUUGGACCUCAGCCCCAACGGCAAGCAACUUGCUACUGCUUCUUGGGAUACCUUUCUCAUGCUAUGGAAUUUCAAGCCACAUGCUAGAGCUUACAGAUAUGUGGGUCACAAGGAUGCUGUAACCAGCGUGCAGUUUUCUCCACAUGGAAACUUAUUGGCGUCUGCCUCACGAGACAGAACCGUGAGACUCUGGAUUCCUGAUAAGAGAGGAAAAUUCUCAGAAUUUAAAGCUCAUACAGCUCCAGUUCGAAAUGUAGACUUUUCAGCUGAUGGCCAGCUUCUAGCUACAGCUUCUGAAGACAAAUCCAUAAAAGUAUGGAGCAUGUAUCGCCAGCGCUUCCUAUAUUCCUUGUAUCGACAUACACACUGGGUACGCUGUGCCAAAUUUUCACCUGAUGGAAGACUAAUUGUGUCAUGUAGUGAGGAUAAAACUAUUAAAAUUUGGGAUACCACGAAUAAGCAAUGUGUUAAUAACUUCUCAGAUUCCGUUGGAUUUGCAAAUUUUGUGGACUUUAACCCUAGUGGUACAUGCAUAGCUUCAGCAGGUUCUGAUCAAACUGUGAAAGUCUGGGAUAUAAGAGUGAACAAAUUACUACAGCAUUACCAAGUUCACAGCGGUGGAGUUAAUUGCAUAUCAUUCCAUCCUUCGGGUAACUAUCUCAUCACAGCUUCUUCAGAUGGUACCCUUAAGAUUCUGGACCUCUUAGAAGGAAGGCUCAUCUACACACUUCAAGGACAUACGGGACCUGUCUUUACUGUUUCAUUUUCAAAAGGUGGAGAGCUAUUUGCAUCAGGGGGUGCAGACACACAGGUCUUAUUAUGGAGGACUAACUUUGAUGAAUUGCAUUGUAAAGGUCUUAACAAAAGAAAUCUCAAAAGAUUACAUUUUGAUUCACCACCACAUCUUCUUGAUAUCUACCCAAGAACACCACAUCCCCAUGAGGAAAAAGUUGAGACUGUAGAAAUUAAUCCAAAGCUUGAGGUAAUCGAUUUGCAGAUCUCUACUCCCCCUGUUGUGGAUAUCCUUUCGUUUGAUUCUAACACAACAACAGAAACCAGUGGUAGAACUCUGCCAGACAAGGGUGAAGAGGCCUGUGGAUAUUUCUUGAACCCUUCCUUAAUGUCACCAGAAUGUUCGCCAACAACCACAAAAAAGAAAACAGAAGACAUGAGUGACCUCCCCUGCGAAAGUCAAAGGAGCAUACCUCUCGCUCUGACUGAUGCUUUAGAGCAUAUUAUGGAACAACUCAAUGUUUUGACACAGACUGUUUCAAUCUUGGAGCAGCGACUGACUUUGACAGAGGAUAAGCUGAAAGACUGCCUUGAAAAUCAGCAAAAGCUUUUCAGUGCUGUCCAACAGAAAAGCUGAAUAAAAAAUUCAUUUUCAUUUGCUGGGCAGAGGCACAAUAAAUGAACAAAUGUACAUAUACUCAGGAAGGUAGUGCAAGAUACUCCAUGCAACACAACCAUGUGCUAUUUAUCAUGGCAUUUCUUAAAAGGGUGAGCAACAGAACAAAAGGCAGAAAAGGCAUUAUCUAAAGACUAAUUUAAACACACAAAUCAAUGUGAAGGACUAAUUUAAAUUACUAUCAUUUAUGAUUACAGUAAUACAGUAAUAAGCAUUCAAGCAACUCUGUAUUUUCCCCAUAUUAUUUUAGAUGUCCAUUUUCAUUUCUAGGCCAAAUCCUGCCAGGAAAGUAACCAGAUCUCUGGAUUUCACUGUUAAGUCAUUUCAGAUUGACCAUAUUCAGACAGUCAUGGGGUGAAAUAAUUCACUUACCUCCAAAAUAGCAUUCUAUAUGCCAAUAAUGAGUUACUGGUCUGAUUAGUUAUAUGUCUUUCUGUUCCAAAUAAAAAUUAUCCUUUCUUACUAAUGCCUUGAAAGGAUGAACAAAUAAAAAUUCCCAGGCCACAGAAUUUCCACAGCAAGAAUACACUUAUUUUAAUUAACAAUAGCCCAGAUAUAGCAUAGGGCAGUGGGUUUUUUAUUUAAUUUAUGGCGUACUUUGUUUAUCCAUUGGCCAACCUGAAGGAAAUGAAACUCACCUAUCUUUCUAUCACAGAUGAAUGUGUUGAAUGAUUUGGGUUGUAUCUGACCAUGGUUCACAAAAAUUAUGUUAGUGUGUUUUCAGUAUGCUAAAAGGUCAGAGUGAUACAACAGUGAUAUUUAAAAAUAUGCACAUAUGUAUGUACACAUGCUUCAGAAAUAUUGUUGCUUAGGGUGAUUUGGGCAGCUAAAUACUAAGUACUUUUUAAAAUUUUUGCAUCAUCUUCUUCCUAUUUAAUGAAUUGUGAUUUAAAACAAAAUGAAAAUGAGCCAGGUAUUCUAAAAGAUCCUGGAUACAAAUUAAGAAUUUUGCUUUAUUUUAAACCAAAUUGAGAUUAAAUUGAAGAAAAGCAAGCAAAUUAAUUUCAGCUUGAUUAUCAACCUGUAUCAAGAACAAAAAUGGGAGGAGGUGUCCACAUUUAUGGUGUGUAUAGGUAACAUGGGGAAAAUGCUAUUCUGUGUUUUGAAAAAGAAGAAAUAGUGCCGUCCUAUUUAUUUCUAUAUUUAGAAAUUUUUCUCAAAGAAAUUUCAAUUGUGUCUAUGCGGUGGGUUUCUAAGUAUCUUACUGUGUGUUAUAAGUGCCUUUUAAUAUCAUACUAAGUGUGAGCUUCUGGACAUUUUCAAGAGCUUACAAAAACUAAGCGGCAUUGUAUUUUUAUAACCCCAUUGAGAAGACUAAGUAAGAAAUGAAAUGUCCUAUCAAUUUUAUUUUGUCAUGCUUCAAACAAUAAAGACAUUUUUGCUUUAAAAGAAAAA